GCGGCGCCGCCCACGGGCAUGGACGCUGGUAGCAGCCCCAGUAGCUGCAGCGAUCCUCUCCUUGCUAGUUUCCGUACUGGCCAACACCGGCCUGAGGAGAAUACAUUAGCCCCAGAAGGCAGCCGCCGCUGGGACAAGUACGAAGAGCCCUUUCGUAGAUUCCGCUGGAAGAUCUUCUCAGCACGCCUGCAUCAGGUAUCCUUAGCAGCUGCCGCCACACAUCACCUCAUUCAUUCCCAGGCCCUUCUGAGAGCCCUUCUGGGGCGAGUAUGUCCCAGCCCAAAGGCAUGGCUCCUGAGGCAAGCCCUGAGAGAAGCUGCUCCCUCCACACCUGUCCCCUUGAAGACGCAGCAGAUGCGGCAGUCUCGGUGCCCACAGUCUCCACCCUCCAGGCUGUCGACCCAACCAGCCCGCUAACAGCUGGACAUUUUGCCUUUCCUCGAGCACCUCAAGACUAUCAAGAAGGCAGUUCCUUACUAGGGUUGGGCGAUCAAGCCUCUCUGUGUGCUCAUGUUUCCAACCUCAGCACUGCCAUAGACCCCACACAGCAUAACGGGGGCUGGAAGCCACCUUCUAUGCAGCGCCACGUGGUCAGCGUCAGGCAGGAACGCACUUUCCGGAUGCCAAAGAGUUAUUCCCAGCUGAUUGCAGAGUGGCCAAUGGCCGUGCUGCUGCUGUGUCUGGCCUUCAUCUUCCUCUGUACCCUAGCUGGGCUGUUGGGAAGUCCUCCACUUGACUUUUCUGAGCCUUUACUGGGAUUUGAACCUCGAGACACAGAGAUCAGCAGAAAACUAGAAGUCUGGAAAGCGAUGCAGGCCCUCACUGGCCCCAAGAAUCUGUUUUCUCUUUCCCCAGACCCUGAGAUGAACAGCUCAAACCUCCUCAGCACCCUGAGCCCUGCAGCCUGGGGCAGGGCUGAGGAGAGUGUGGUCCGAACCAAAAGGAUGGUGGAGCCCAUGAAAGACAAAGAAGAGGAGAACUUCUUUUGUGGUCCUCCUGAGAAGAGCCAUGCGAAGCUGGUGUUUGUAUCCACCUCUGGAGGAAGCCUGUGGAACCUGCAAGCCAUCCACUCCAUGUGUCGCAUAGAACAGGAGCAGAUCCGCUCUCAUAUCAGCUUCGGGGCUCUGUGCCAGCGAUCGGCAGCCAAUGAAUGCUGUCCCAGUUGGUCCCUGGGCAACUAUCUGGCUGUGCUGUCCAACCGCUCCUCCUGCCAGGACACUACCCAAGCUGACGCAGACCGCACGCUGGCCCUGCUUCGGUUCUGCGCCACCUUCUAUCAUCGUGGUGUCCUGGUGCCCGCUUGUAUGGGCUCCGGGCAGAACAAGCCCCCGUUUUGUGCCCAAGUUCCCACCAAGUGUACCCGGAGCAGCGCUGUCUACCAACUCCUGCACUUUCUGCUAGACAGAGACUUCCUGAGUCCCCAGACUGCAGACUACCAGGUACCCUCCCUCAAGUUCGGCCUGCUCUUCCUGCCCAUUAUAAAGACUUCCUCCCUGCUAGAUAUCUACCUGGAUGGCCUAGCUGACCCCGUCAAGGUCUCUGACAACUAUACUUCUAUCAGUGGCAUGGACUUGGGCCUCAAGCCUAGACUGCUCAAGUACUACCUGGCCGAAGAUACCAUGUACCCCUUGCUGGCCCUAGUUGUCAUCUUCUUUGGUAUGUCCCUCUACCUGCGUUCAUUCUUCAUCACGUUCAUGUCACUGCUGGGGGUGCUAGGCUCCCUAAUGGUGGCCUUCUUUCUUUACCACGUUGCAUUCCGCAUGGCCUACUUCCCCUUUGUCAAUCUAGCCUCCCUCCUUCUGCUUAGUGGCGUCUGUGUCAAUUACACUCUUAUCUUCUUCGACCUGUGGCGCCUCAGCAGGGGCCAGGUGCCCUCUGGGGGUCUAGCGCAUCGUGUGGGCCGCACCAUGCACCACUUUGGCUACUUGCUUCUGGUCUCAGGCCUCACCACCAGCGCGGCCUUCUACGGCAGCUACCUGAGCCGCCUGCCCACCGUGCGUUGCUUCGCCCUUUUCAUGGGCACUGCUGUGCUAGUGCACAUGGGGCUCACACUACUCUGGCUUCCUGCCACCGUUGUGCUCCAGGAGCGCUACCUGGCACGAGGCUGUGUGUCCCAAGCGCAGGGCCAGAGGGGCGGUAGCGGCUCCUUGCGGCUGUUGCUGGCGUUGCACAGACGGAUCCGCAUUCUUCGCAGGAUUAUUUCCAUCCUUUCGCGACUGCUCUUCCAGCGCCUGUUGCCCUGCGGCGUCAUUAAAUUUCGGUACAUCUGGAUCUGCUGGUUCGCGGCGUUGGCGGCAGGGGGCGCCUACAUCGGCGGCGUCAGCCCUCGCCUGCAACUGCCCAUUCUUCUACCACUUGGCGGCCAGGUCUUCCGGUCUAGCCAUCCCUUUGAGCGCUUUGAUGCUGAAUACCGCCAGCAGUUCCUGUUCGAGGAUCUGCCUCCAAACGAGGGUGGCAACUUGCCAGUAGUUCUGGUGUGGGGAGUCCUGCCAGUGGACACUAGUGAUCCCCUGGACCCUCGUAGCAACAGCUCGGUAGUAAGCGAUCCUAACUUCGCACCCAGCAGCCCCGAGGCCCAGGAGUGGCUCCUGGAGCUCUGCCAUGGAGCCCGGAAUCAGAGCUUCUUUGGAGAUCAGCCAGAGGGUUGGCCUACGCUGUGUUUGGUGGAAACCCUCCAGCAGUGGAUGGAAAGCCCCAGCUGUGGCCGCCUGAGUCCCGAUCUAUGCUGUGGCCAGUCAGAAUUCCCCUGGGCCCCCCCGCUUUACCUGCACUGUCUCAAGAUGAUGGCUCUGGAGCAAAGUCCUGAUGGUACCCGUGACCUGGGACUCCGCUUCGAUGCUCAUGGCAACCUGGCUGCUCUGGUUCUGAAGUUCCAGACCAAUUUACCAUACAGUACAGAGUACGGCCCGGUCCACCACUUCUACACCGAGGUCAGCCGCUGGUUCUCUACAGAGCUGGACAAUGCACCUCAGGGCCUCAACCAGGGUUGGUUCACCAGCACCCUGGAGCUGUACAGCUUGCAGCAUAGCCUAAGCACCGAGCCUGCUGUGGUGCUGGGUCUGGCUCUGGCUCUGGCCUUUGCCACACUGCUCCUGGGCACCUGGAACGUUCCCCUUAGCUUGUUCUCUGUGGCAGCUGUGGCUGGCACCGUGCUGCUCACUGUGGGCUUGCUGGUUCUACUCGAGUGGCAGCUCAACACUGCCGAGUCCCUCUUUCUCUCGGCCUCCGUGGGCCUCUCUGUAGACUUAACCGUCAACUACUGCAUCUCCUAUCACUUGUGCCCGCACCCCGACCGCCUGAGCCGCGUGGCCUUCUCCUUGCGCCAGACCAGCCGCGCCGCAGCAAUGGGGACCGGCGCGCUGUUUGCCUCAGGCGUGCUCAUGCUGCCUUCCACCAUUCUGCUUUAUAGAAAGCUGGGCAUCAUCGUCAUGAUGGUCAAGUUUGUCGGCUGUGGAUUCGCCAGCUUCUUCUUCCAGUCCCUGUGCUGUUUCUUCGGGCCAGAGAAGAACUGUGGGCAGAUCCUGUGGCCCUGUGCUCACCUGCCAUGGGAUGCCGGGACUGAGGAGCCUGAUGAGAAGGGUCGGACAGGACCACCCGGGUUCUCUGAGCACUAUGAGCUGCAGCCCCUGGCACGGCGCCGGAGCCCCAGCUUUGACACCAGCACAGCCACCAGCAAGCUGUCCCACCGGCCUUCCAUACUCUCUGAAGACUUGCAGCUACAUGACGGCAGCUGCUGCCACGGGCCGACACCCGCCCCUCCCUCCCCAAGGGAUCUGCUUCUGGACCACCAGACAGUCUUCAGCCAGUGCCCAGCCCUGCAGACUUCUUCUCCUUAUAAGCAAGCCGGUCCCAACCCCCAAACCUGGAUCAGGCAGGACUCCCAGGGACAGAAAACCGAGCCCUUGCAGGCCCUGCCAGAAGGCCCUGCCCACUGCCCCAACCCCAAAGUUGAAGAGCUCCCGGACUCUUCAGUCAGCACCCUGGAGGGACUCAGCGCCUCUGAUGACACCUACGCCUCGGAGCCCAGUGCCCGUGUGCCAGAUUCUGUAGGCACCUCACCGGAAGCCAUGAAUGGCACUGGACACCCGGUACUUGAGCGAGGCCAGCUGAACGGGAAGCGUGACACUCUCUGGCUCGCACUGAAAGAGACCAUCUAUGACCCAAAUCUGCCCAACUCUCACCAUUCUAGCUUAUCCUGGAAGGGCCGUGGGGGGCCGGGUGACAUCAGCCCGGUGGUGCUUCCCAACAGUCAGCCAGAUCUUCCCGAUGUUUGGCUCCGUAGGCCUAGCACCUACACCUCUGGCUACAGCAGCUGAGAGAGCGGGGAAGGCCAGACCAGGGUCCAGAACCCUGUUGGUGAAAAUAAGGCAGAGGCCACACUAGUUUAGAGCCAGAAGGCAUUUUUCCACAUCGACAUGGUGUCUCACCCUCCAACUAUGGUCUUCAACCCUGACAGAUGUCCCAGCCUCCAUCUCUUUGCUACUUAACCCCUAUGUCUGGAAUUCUCAGUGGGAGGGCCUUGCAAGGUGAUACCAAGCUCUCCUUGUAAGGAGUUGAGGGCUCACCUGCCUGCACAGUGCCAACAAGGACUCCUCUGGAAAAGAGAGGAGGCCAGAUGUACAGCUCCAGGUAUCAGGGGAGGCUGGUCAUUUUUCUCCCACGUGGCAAGUUCAGUGAUGUUAAACUACCCCAUCUCUGGGAUCCCAUCAGGGAACCUCACUAACUAUAAAAGCCCUUAGCCUCCAUAGCCUGCUGAAUCUCACCCCUUCCCAUCGGAUCUUAAUCGGGAUACUUCUCUUUCGGGGGAGCUUUUCUGGAGCAGAAUUGAACCGAGGCCUCUGUCCUGCCCUGCCCUGCUUGCUGGUGUGACUAGACACUCUCCAAAGGCAGGACAGAGAUGGUUGCGGGCGGGGGCGGGGAAGGGGGAGCAGGAGGAGAUGCGAACGUUGGCUUUGGAACAUCUGGAAAACGCAGGAUUCCCUCACCGGAAGUGGACUCCAGAAUGCUCCCCUUUGCCACGCCCACACCUGUCAGUCUCCUUGGACUCUGCGACUCCACUACAGAGUGGCCUGCAGCUGUCCACGACACUAAGUAAAAUUGAUUGAUUUCCCCAAAGUCCCGCCACUGGCUCCUUCUGCCACUGCAGCUCCCAGUCCCCUUCCAACUGCCUGCUUCAGGGACUGUCUGCUUCAGGGCCAGUGGAUCCUGGCUGUCGUGAUCCUCUGCUUCUGACCCUUACCCACGCUCCCAUCUUGAGGGUCUCUCUGUAAACUCUCUUUCCUCUUCCACCUGCAGAGAGAGUUGCAGUCUGAGCAGACCCCAGCGUUGCUCCUUUCCUUUGCGCUUGCCUCUGAAAUCCAGAGAUGCCCCUGGCAAUGGAGCAUAGCAGGUACAAGCCCAUCUGCAUCUCAGGCUUCAAGGGCGCGCCUCUCUCAUGGCUAAGGAGUACAAAGAGGCUUGGCCAGGAGAGGUGCUGAGGGACAGAAGAAUCUGAGCAGAAUCUAGUUAAGACAAGAACACAGACUCGGUCUUGUGGGGAGUUUGUGAACCCGAAAUUUCUCUGGGUCAGGUUCCCUGGUUUCUAAAGACUGGGUCUCUCUAGGGUGUUAAGGAGACUCAAAAACCAAAGCCUGGCUUUUCCCACCAAAAGCUAAGGUUCUGUCCUGAGGCUUUAUCCCACGUGACACAGCUCAUGACACCAGGCAGCGUCAGCAAGUUGACCGAACCCCUGCUCUGAAAUGGUAUUACAGGCAAUAGAGGUGUGAUAUCAAGAGCUGGCCUUCUGCCUGGGAGCAGCUUGCAUGCACAGGCAAGCAUUAAUGGACGCAGUGCUAUUGCUGAGCUUGGGUAGCCAGCGCAAGGUGACUGGGAAGAUCUUGAAAGAAACGGCUGGAGCAGCUUCCGAAGAUCAAGCAUGGAGAGAUGGCUCAGUGGUUAAGAGCACUGCUUGUUCUUCCAAAGGUCCUGAGUUCAAUUCCCAGCAACCACAUGGUUGCUCACAACCAUCUGUAAUAAGAUUUGGUGCCCUCUUCUGGCCUGCGGGCAUACAUGCAGAAUACUAAGAAUAUUACAUACAUAAUAAAAAAAUAAAAAAUAAAAAAAGAUCAAGCAUGUCAGAUGAGAGGAGACAUGGUGAUCCAGCCCCACUGUCCCCUAGGAACCGGAUCGUUCUUUCAAAGAACUCCCGUGUCUAAAAGUAGCUGCUCCAAUGCGUGUGAGCACUGGGGAGGGGGAGGGGAAGAGCCCAGCUUCCCUUCCUAGUGCUGCUCUCCAGGGCCCCCAGUUUCCUGGCAGAUCCAGAAGGCAUGACAUGAAGACUGCCAAUCUAGGCCAUUCUACAGGUGAGUGACAGAGAAGUGACAAGCUUUCAGUGCCAAACAACCUGGGGCAAAGCUAGAGGCAAGCCGGAGGGCGCUUUUGUUUUCUUUUGUUGUGCUCCUGUGACGCUGAGAUCUACCUCCCACCCUAUGCAGCCCUAGCUAAGUGGAGCAGAAACUCAAAUGAGAACAUAAGAAUAUGGAAAAGUCAGAAGGCACUGCCCCUCAGUAUCCGCGGAGCUGCUUCCAGCACCCUGCCCUCAGGGUGCCGAAAUCUGAGAAUGCUCAAGUCCCUGUGUAGAACUGUGUAGUAUCUGCAUAUAACGAAGCAUAUUCUUCUGUAUUAUUUUAAUUGUCUCUAGAGCACUUAUAACUCCCAAUAUGAUGUAAAUGCUGUCAGUCCUUACACUGUGUUGUUAUAAUAAUGACGAGGAAAAAAAAACAUGUUUUGAGCUUUUCUUUCUUUUCUUUUUUAAUGUCUUCAGGUUUGGUGUGGUCCCCCCCACCCCCACCCCUGAAUAUUCUGGGUCUGUGUGAUUGAAUCUGCAGGACCAGAAUUUAUGGCUACAGAGAGAGAGCUGACCCUGUAGGCCAGCUCCUUGCAAGAUAACUAAGUUGAGAUAAAUGACCCCUGAUCAUGCUGACAUCAUACAGAUCCUGUAGUCUCAGCUACUUGGGAGGCUAAAGCAGGAGGACCACUUGAGCCAGAAGACCAAGGAUAGCAUGGGCAACAUAACAAAACCAUGCCAUAAAACAAAACAGAACAAAACAAAACAAGCAAACCCGGGUGGUGGUGGUGCACACCUUUAAUCCCAGCAGUUGAGAGGCAGAGAUAGGCAGAUCCAGCCUCCACAUACAUAUCAUAGUGCAUGCAUGCAUGUGUUCACAUACAUAUUAAAUAAAUAUAUGUUUUUAAAAAUGUUUAAGAUGAGGGAAGGUUGGACACAUGUCUUACGAUGGCUGGUCAGUGGUGAAAAGUUUUUGCGGCCUGAUAAACCUCUUCACUGACGCAAUAAUCCAAAUCAGACCAGGUUGGAUGACGGGUCCCAGGGAGGAGGAGGUGACUUAUCUUCCUAAGCACGAGCAGUUCUGCCUUGGGCUGGGGUAUAGCUUAGUGGUACAGCACAUGUUUAGCGUGCAGGAGUCCUGUAAUCUAUCUGUAGCAACCCUCUCCACAAAAUAUUGCCUUGGCUCAGAUGAGAGCACAGCAUCUCCUCGGCAAUUGGCCUUGGCUUUCCCACUGCGUGCUAUACCUUAGCCCAGCAGGUUCACAGCCCUGAAGAGUCUGCUCCCUCAGCGUGUCUGUGCACCCUGAAGAAGAGUCAGCUCCCUCAGCUGGGUGUGUGAUUGAGCACCCUGAAGAAGAGUCUCCUCCCUCAGCUGGGUGUGUGAUUGAGCACCCUGAAGAAGAGUCUCCUCCCUCAGCUGGGUGUGUGGUUGAGCACCCUGAAGAAGAGUCUCCUCCCUCAGCUGGGUGUGUGAUUGAGCACCCUGAAGAAGAGUCUCCUCCCUCAGCUGGGUGUGUGGUUGAGCACCCUGAAGAAGAGUCUCCUCCCUCAGCUGGGUGUGUGGUUGAGCACCCUGAAGAAGAGUCUCCUCCCUCAGCUGGGUGUGUGAUUGAGCACCCUGAAGAAGAGUCUCCUCCCUCAGCUGGGUUUGGCUGUGCACCCUGAAGAAGAGACUCCUCCCUCAGCUGGGUGUGACUGUGCACCCUGAAGAAGAGUCUCCUCCCUCAGCUGGGUGUGGUUGAGCACCCUGAAGAAGAGUCUGCUCCCUCAGCUGGGUGUGGUUGAGCACCCUGAAGAAGAGUCGGCUCCCUCAGCUGGACUGUGAGCAUGCCCACAAUCCCAGCACUUGGGAAAUAGAAGCAAGAGGAUCAAGAGUUCAAUGUCAUCCUCUUUGGGGGAGGGGCAUUAGUUUUUAUUAAAUUUGUUUGG